UCUGCUUGGCGGCCGAGCGGGAUGGAGUGAAUUGAAGCCCCGACGCCCCCCCCUCUCACGGCGCCCCCCGCGGGCUCAUGCGGCCCCUUCAGAAACCAUGGGAUCCCGCAUCAAGCAAAACCCGGAAACGACAUUUGAAAUAUAUGCUGAAGUAACCUAUCCACUGGCAGCAGGUGCAGAUCCUGAGGUGCGGAGGCAAUUCCCUGAAGACUACAGUGACCAGGAAAUUCUACAGACUCUGACCAAGUUCUGCUUCCCCUUCUAUGUGGACAGCCUCACAGUUAGCCAAGUUGGCCAGAACUUCACUUUUGUGCUCACAGACAUUGACAGCAAGCAGAGGUUUGGGUUCUGCCGAUUAUCUUCUGGGGCCAAGACCUGCUUCUGUAUCUUAAGUUACCUUCCAUGGUUUGAAGUCUUUUAUAAACUGCUAAACAUCUUGGCAGACUAUACAGCAAAGUGCCAGGAUAGCCAAUGGUAUGAACUCCUGGAAGCACUUUAUAAACUGCCGAUCCCUGAGCCUGGUACAUCUGUUCAUCUCAGCGUGCACUCUUACUUUACUGUGCCUGACAUCAGAGAACUUCCCAGCAUACCUGAAAAUAGAAAUCUGACCGAAUAUUUUGUAGCUGUGGAUGUAAACAAUAUGCUGCACCUCUACGCCAGUAUGCUGUGCGAACGCCGUAUCCUCAUUUGCUGUAGUAAGCUAAGCACUUUAACAGCCUGCAUCCAUGGUUCUGCAGCUAUGCUUUACCCAAUGUUCUGGCAACAUGUUUACAUCCCCGUUCUGCCUCCGCACCUCUUGGACUAUUGCUGUGCUCCAAUGCCCUACCUCAUAGGAAUACAUCUAAGCCUGAUGGAGAAAGUUAGAAACAUGGCCGUAGAAGAUGUGGUCAUUCUUAAUGUUGAUACCAACACACUGGAAACCCCUUUUGAUGAUCUUCAGAGCCUUCCAAAUGAUGUGGUAUCUGCACUGAAGAGCAGGUUGAAGAAAGUCUCCAUGACCACAGGUGACGGUGUGGCAAGAGCAUUUCUGAAGGCCCAGGCAUCUUUCUUUGGAAGCUACAGAAGUGCUUUAAAGAUUGAACCUGGGGAGCCCAUAACAUUCUGCGAGGAAACGUUCAUCUCCCAUCGGUCAGCUGCCAUGCGACAGUUCCUGCAGAACGCCAUCCAGCUGCAGCUGUUCAAGCAGUUUAUCGAUGGCCGUCUUGAUCUUCUCAAUUCUGGAGAAGGUUUCAGCGAUGUCUUCGAGGAAGAAAUAAACAUGAGUGAAUAUGCUGGUAGCGACAACCUAUACCAUCAGUGGCUGUCAACAGUCAGGAAAGGAAGUGGUGCCAUUUUGAAUACAGUGAAGACCAAGGCAAACCCCGCCAUGAAGACAGUCUACAAAUUUGCAAAAGAUCAUGCAAAAAUGGGAAUAAAAGAAGUGAAAAACCGCUUGAAGCAAAAGGACAUUGCUGAGAACGGCUGCUCUACAGUGCCAGAAGACUCACUUCCACGGGCAGCCCCUUCUCCAUUGGCUGAGAAGAGAGUUCCUAAGCUGCGAGAGGACAGGAGACCAAUCACGGUACAUUUUGGGCAGCCUAGUGUUCGUCCUGCAAGACCGCCUCCUCCCAAGAUCCAUCGCUCAUCCAGGCCUGUUCGACCACCCAGACCCCAUGUCGUCAGGAGGCCAAAGAGCAACAUUGCUGUUGAUAGCCGAAGGACCUCUGUCUCCAGCCCAGAGCACCUGGUAAAGCCCACGCGCCACUAUACGGUCUUUCUCUCUGAGGACUCUUCCGGGGAUGAGUUUCCGCAGGAAGACAACCCAGUCUCUGCCUUCUCUGACAGCUUUCUCUUCUCUGCUCCCUUUGAAUGGCCUCAGCCUUAUCGUGCCCUGAAGGAGUCUGACAGCGCAGAUGGAGAUGAAAGUACCAGCCCCGAGAAGCCCCAAGAUCCUAGCCAUGCUGACCCUUCCACCCCAGACAGCCCCACAGAAAUCAGCCUUCUGGAAGGCAUUUUCAUUGGCCUUGAGGUAGAGCCACAGCCCCAGCUCCUCACCCAAGCCAAAAGCUUAGAAGAUUUAAGGAUUACCAAGGAAGAAGAGAACCAGCAGUGCACCUUUGACUACCAGCAGAGGAUGGAUCCUGGCUUUUCUCAGAAGAGCUGGGCUGCACCAGGAAUGAAGCUAUCCCACCCCUACAAGCAGUUUUGGGGCCUGGGCCACGAUGACAUGGCCAUUCCCACAAAGUACUCCCAAAGCUCUCCUGAGAGGCCAUUGACUCCUCUUGGGAAAGCACCCCCAAUCCCACGGAGGCCCCAGAGCAGAGACAGCAUUCUGGAUCCCACCGAGAAGGAGGUUGGAAGUUCGCCUGUUGCUCAAGGAGGGAACAUUACUAUCCCACGGCCACAGGGAAGGAAGACACCAGAGUUGGGCAUAGUCCCACCACCGCCUGCUCCUAGACUUGCCAAACAGCAGGUGCUGUCUGAAACCACUACCACCCCCUGCUUUGCAGGACCCAGCAGUCUGGCAUCUGAGCUCAUGCAGGAGACGUUUGCAGCCAGAAAUCUUUCUGUGGAGCCUGAAGUCAGGCAGCCGGCUGGUUUUGCUACUCACCAGCUCCAGCUUUUGUCCAACACCGGCAGUGCAGUGGACUUGCUCCAGCCAGUGAAAGUCAGUGCAGAGAGUGCAAGCAAUGACAGUGACUUCCUCCUUGCCCUUCUAGACCCACUGAAAGCAGGGAACUGUCAGGACACUGGCUUGCAGUCAAGCACCAGCAGCCUGCUGGGGUCAGCAUCCCCAAGCCCAGCAACCAGCUUCCCUUCAAUGGCUGGUGACCUUGCACCGCCGACAUCAGCGCCGUUUGGCCGGCCAUUGGGAUACCCUCCCUCCAUAAUGCCUUUUGGGCAGGCAUCUCUCAAUCCAUUUGUGCAGACAAUGCCAGCGCCUCUGUCAUUGUCUCUGGUCAGACCUCCUAGUAGUCCUCUUGCACCCUCCCUGGGCCAUGCUUACAGCUCCAGCAUCAUCACAUCCAAUUCUAACUUAUAUCAGCCCCAGAGGCCUCCGCCUAAUCCUCUGACACUCUCCAUGCCCAACCUCUUUGCUCAGUCUCCAGCAGCAGCACCCCCAAGUCAACCUUCUUCCCACAGUUUCGCUUCGCAGCCUUGUGGCCCCUCUAAAAUCCGGACCUUGCCCUUGGCUCAUUCUUCUUCCAAAAGACAGGCCAGGGUGAGGCUUGCUCCAAGGCCCAAUGAUCUCCCACUGGUUCCCCCCAAGGCCAAAGCUGUAGAAUCAGUGUUAUACCCUUCCAAGCCUCAGGAGACUAAGGACCCCUUUGAAGACUUGUUAAAUAAGACAAAGCAGGAAGUUUCAGUCACACCAGGUAAAGUAGAACAACUGAGAAAACAAUGGGAGACAUUUGAGUGACUCUCUGAUAGCGGUCAGUUCCUUUCUCUGGUGUGUUUUGAGCUAGUGGAACUAAAGGAUUGGCUGAACAGAAGCUGCUACCCUCUUGCCAGCUCCUAUGCUGCUGGCAAGAUACUGGGCAAAAUACUGUUACAAGGCAGUAGGUCCAAGCUGAAUCUCCUCUGGCCCCCUGCCCUUAGUCACCCAUCAUAUUUUGGCCAGCUGAAAAACUGGCGGGUUAUUCAUUUUCCUGCCCUUCCAAAAUGUAUGGAGAUAACUACUGAGUUGGAGAAUCCUCAGUUACCUACUGAGCCCUUCCACUUGUAUUCCCUUUUGGUCAUUUGUUUUUCUCCAGGUGAUGAUUUGCUUCCUCACCAAUGCGAUCAGUAUUGUGUGUUUUCAGAAGCCUCAAAUCAUGUUUUGCUUUCAAAUGCCUAUGGAGUACAUGAGUCCCACACUUGGACUGAAUUAAUCGCUGGGCUUUUGAACUGACUUUUCAUUGUCUGUGUUUGGUUAGUUUCUGUCCCAUGAGUAUUAUUUUGAUUUAGUGGAUGUGUUUCUUUAUGAACUCUGGUCAUAGGUACCUCUUUUCUUUCCUAACUUUUGCUUGUAUUGGGGACCUCCUGUGCCAAGGAAUCCCUUCAUAUCCCAGGUUCAGUAUUCAUGUUGGAGCACUACGCACCUUGAUGCAGAGGGUGAAGUAGCCGUUCAUGCCCAUCAGAGAACUGGAAUCACCAGCAGUGUACCUUUAGAACAAGACACAUAGCAUCCCUAAUGUAUUCCCUUAAAGUCUUCUGUAACUGUAUGUGAAUAUUGUUUAUAUGUAUAUAUAUAUAUAUAUAUACACGCACACACACAUUAUAUACACACACACACAAACGUGUUUCUAGAUUUCAGUGCUUGCACCUUAUUACCCCCCAAAAAGGACCAGGGUGCAAAACAUUCCUCAAUGUUGUGAGCUGCACCCCAGGAUAUGACUGGUGUAAAGGUAAAGCAAAAGGGUGGUUAAGUGUGGAUUUUCCAGAAUGAGUUUUAAAUCUGGGUGGGACUCAGGCUUUUAGUAUAAAGAAGCCAAUCUGAAAUUUCUCUCAUUGUCACUCCCAUUUGGAAGCUGAGGUGCAGCAUCCAGUUACUUUGGGGGAAGGAACUCAACUGAAUUGAGAUACUAGUUAAAUCAUUACAUGAAAAUCGUGGACAAUUAUAGGAUCCACCAAUACAGUUGCCUCAUGCUUCUUGCAGCCCUACAUUUAAUGCAGGAGUCCAUUUAAUUUGGUCACUUAACUGUGUGCUUUUUAAACAUGGCUACAUUUGAAAAAGUUACUUGUCAGGCAGAUGAUUAAGAUGCUGUCAGUCUUUAAAUGCAAGAAAUCACCAUGCUCAUAUGGAGAGCUAAUCCCUUGCCAUACUUCUUUCCGGUGUGUUCUGUUCCUGUGAAUCCCUGUUAAGUUUUCUGUCUGCUGCUGAAGUGUUACUUAGGCUGCUGUUUCCAUGCUUGCGCCUGUACAGUGCAAGAAAAUGCAUUUGAUUCCUUUGGGUGUUAAGUCAAGAGAAAACUGCCAUUAUGUUGGCAUCAUUUCACUUCUGUCGAACACUGUUGCUUUUACAAGCCGUUCUCUCUGUUUUGUAUUAUCUCUUUUUUGCUGGGAAAAGAUGUUUUUGAUAUUGCCUAGUUCUGAAUAGUAAAAUAUUUGAAGUCUACCAAAGGGGCAAGUGUUGGUCUGCUUCAUAAAGCCUUUGAGAAUUUCUCAGAAGAAUCCAACAGGGGGAUGCAGACUGUCCAGUCAAAGACAGA